AUGGAGAGCCUGUUCAACCUGUUCGAUAGAAUGCCUAACAGAAAUGUAGUCUCGUGGACAGUCCUAAUGGAUGCAUGCCUGAGGUGGGAGCAACCUUCAAUGGCAUUGGUGAUCUUCCGUGAAAUGCAAGAGACUGGAGUUAAGCCCGAUCAAUUUGCCAUUGUUAGUCUACUAUCAGCUUGUGCUCGCCUUGGUACCUUGAACCUGGGUAUGUGGGUUCACGCUUUCAUAGAAAGAGUGCGACUCGAACAAACAAUCUUUAUCGGGACGGCCCUGGUUGAUAUGUACUGUAAGUGUGGAAGUGUAGACAACGCUCUUGCAGUGUUCAAUUCCAUGCCCACGAAAACUCUCCUUUCUUGGAAUGCGAUGUUACAUGGGCUAUCGGUGAAUGGACGUGGAAGAGAGGCUGUAGAACUGUUCUCAGAGUUGGAGAAAGAAAGUGGAAUCCAUCCCAACGAGGUAACAUUUGUGGCAAUCCUAUGUGGUUGCAGCCAUAGCGGGCUCGUUAAAGAGGGGCGUUUUUAUUUUGGUUUGAUGCAAAAUAAAUAUGGGAUUGAGCCCACAGUCAAGCAUUACGGUUGCAUGGUGGACUUGCUUGGCCGGGCGGGACUACUUGAGGAGGCUUUUGAAAUGGUCAAUAAGAUGCCGGUUCCACCCAACACCGUCAUUUGGGGAGCUCUGCUCAGCGCAUGUAGGGUUCAAAAUAAUAUGGGUAUGGCAGAGCGUGUGAGCCAGAAAAUAAUUGGGAUCGAUGAAGAUGGUCUAAAGGGGGACACUAGCCACUAUGUGAUCAUGUCAAACAUGUAUGCCAGAGCUGGAUUGAUGGAUAAAAUGGCAGAAGCAAGGCUAAGGAUUGGAAAGAAACCAAAGGGUCGUAGUUGGAUUGAGAUUGGAUUUCAGGUUCAUGAGUUUUCUGUAGGAGAUAGUUCACACCCCAUGUGGGCUAGGACUAAGGAGAUGUUAGAUGAGGUGAUGGAGAAGGUUGGAGAGAAUAGAGGUGAGGAAAACCCCCAAACCCAUCACAGUGAGAAGGUAGCUGUUGCUUUUGGCCUGCUGAAUACCUGUGCCUCUACACCUAUUAGGAUCGUCAAGAACCUCCGCAUGUGUGCGGACUGCCACAGGUUGAUGAAGUCAAUAUCUAAGGUCUACAAGAGAGAGAUUGUUGUAAGAGACAGUACUCGAUUUCACCGAUUUAUGGAGGGGGGUUGUUCUUGCAAGGACUACUGGUGA